GGCUCCCCGGAAGUGCUCUGUCACCCGGAAGCGGAAGUGAUUGGCAAGAUGGCGGCGGCAGCAGCAGUGGGGGAAGCGGUGGCAGGUGGCCCGGAGCCCCCGGUGUGCGUGCUGGUGCUGGGCAUGGCCGGCUCCGGCAAGACCACGCUCGUGCAGCGGCUCGUCGCGCACCUGCACGGCCAAGGCGCCCCCCCCUACGUCAUCAACCUGGACCCCGCCGUGCACGAGCUGCCCUUCCCCGCCAACAUCGAUAUCAGAGAUACAGUAAAAUAUAAAGAAGUCAUGAAGCAAUAUGGACUGGGCCCAAACGGUGGAAUUGUGACCUCUCUCAAUCUCUUUGCCACAAGAUUUGAUCAGGUAAUGAAGUUUAUUGAAAAACGACAGAACACAUCCAAGUAUGUCCUUAUUGAUACACCAGGGCAGAUAGAGGUGUUCACCUGGUCAGCCUCUGGCACCAUCAUCACUGAGGCACUGGCUUCCUCCUUCCCUUCAGUCGUCGUUUAUGUGAUGGACACAUCUCGCAGUACCAGCCCAAUCACCUUCAUGUCCAACAUGCUGUAUGCGUGCAGUAUCCUGUACAAAACCAAACUGCCUUUUAUUGUGGCUAUGAACAAGACAGAUAUCAUUGAUCACAGUUUUGCAGUAGAAUGGAUGCAAGAUUUUGAGACCUUCCAGGAUGCCCUGAAUCAAGAGACCACAUACGUCAGUAACCUGACGCGUUCCAUGAGUCUGGUGUUGGAUGAGUUUUACAGCUCGCUUAAGGUGGUGGGUGUUUCUGCUGUGCUGGGAACGGGCCUGGAUGAAUUUUUCGUGCAAGUCUCCAAAGCUGUAGAGGAAUACGAGAGGGAAUAUCGUCCAGAAUACGAGCGUCUGAGGAAAAAGCUGGAGAAGGCCCAGAGCAAGCAGCAGAAGGAGCAGCUGGAACGUUUGCGAAAAGACAUGGGCCCAGUGGCAGUGGAGAGCACCUCACUCGCAGCUUUUACGCUUCAAAAAGGAUGUGGAGAAGUCAGAGAGGGGCCAGAAGAGGCAACAAAGAUAAUCCAGGGCUUGGAAGGUCCCGCUGACAUGUCUGCAAUGGGCCCCUCCGAUUUGAUCCUGACAAGGGGAACGUUGGAUGAUGAAGAGGAGGACAGCGAUACCGAUGACAUCGACCAUCAGGUCACUGAAGAGCGCCAUGAAGAGCCAGCCUUCAAGAACUUCAUGCAGGAGACGAGGAUGAAGUACCACGAAAAGUGCGCUCGGGGAGUGGGAGACAUCCAGAAGUAGGAGCUUGGAGCCCUUGAGUUGGAGAGAGGACCCAGGGGAGGGGCCUGGGCAAACCCAAGCUCAGUGCUGAGCCCAGUGUCUGCAAACCAUGUCCCUGCUGUUCCUCUGUCUGCUGGAGCUCUGCCCUCAGAACCAGGUACUGCCGGGACUUGUACACCCCAGCAGGGCUGGACUUCACCUUUAUCUGCUCGUGGCCAAGCUGCAUCUGCUGGGGGCUGGCAUUUCCAGAGGGCUCAGAAUGGUCAUCUGAAGUCUUGAUCUGUUGCCAGGUCAGCACCUUCAUGCCAGCCAGAACGCGUGGUUUCCCUUGGGGGCAGAGAACAGGCAAGGCCCCUGUUGGAGCCCUCCUGCGGGCCUGUCCCAGAGUCAGCGUGAUGGGGCAAGACUCAGUUUUAAAUAUCCUGGAGCUGCAGAGUCUGUUGGUGGAAGGGCUCAGCAUUGCAUCUUCCCAGAAUGUGUCGGCAUCUCUGAGCGAACCCGCUGUAGCUCAUGCCGCUGCAGGCCUCUGCCCCACACCCUAUUUUGUAAUUGAAAGUAUUUUUUCUA